CCACAUUGUGGGUUUUUGUACAGGCAAAUCCUUGGCCAAAACUCGCUGCUGGAUUGUGUUGUCCAUCUCUGAGUUUAGCCAGCUGUCACCUCGGCCUUAUAUGUCAUUAGUUUGUCUUUAUUCUUAGUAAGGUAUUUGCUAGAAAGCCAAAAUGCCCAAAGGAGGUAGGAAAGGUGGCCACAAGGGUCGCAUGCGGACUUACACUAGCCCUGAGGAGAUCGACGCCCAGAUGAAAGCGGAAAAGGAGAGAAAAAAGGAAGAAGAAGAGAAUGAGGGUGCAGCUCAGAAUGACACGCCGGAUGAGAAGUUACACGCGUCAGGGUCAGAUGACAGUGACGAUGAAAGUUCCCAGAGGAAGAGGGCGGGUGUGGAGGGCUUGAUAGAAAUCGAUAACCCCAACAGAGUUGCUCAGAAGUCCAAGAAGGUGACGCAGAUUGAGAUGGAAGAGCCCAAGCAGUUGUCAAGGAGAGAGAGAGAGGAGCUUGAGAAGCAGAAAGCAAAGGAGCGCUACAUGAAAAUGCAUUUAGCAGGGAAGACGGACCAGGCCAAAGCUGAUCUCGCCCGCCUCGCCAUCGUCAGGAAACAGCGAGAGGAGGCGGCGAAAAAGAAGGAGGAGGAGAAAAAAGCAAAAGAAGCGAAAGAAGCAGCGGCGGCAGCGGCUAAAGGAUUAAACUCCCUCUCGCUAAAAUGAUGCAGAAUAUUUAUCAGAAGCAUUUUCCCACCUUUAUGGACUGAUGCAAUAUAAAUUUGACUAUUUUUUAAAGAUGUACUAUGAUGAGUAUUUCACAUUAUUGAGGGCGUAUUAUGGCAUGAAAUAAUCUCUGCAUUGGUCCUUCUAGGAAGUAAAGCUGCAGUUGGGAAUACCACAAUCUUCGCGUACAAUUGGAAUGAGGCUAUGACCUAUCUUGUACAUGAUAUUGACGCAGACGUACUUAUCAUUGUACAAUGUCGACUUUGCUUUUUGAGCUUUGGCACUGUUUCUUUUUGGAUUUUACACUGUACAUAACUGAGUCAUGGAGAUAUUUCUGAUUAUUACGAUAAAGCUGAAGAAACAUUUUAUUCAUGCUUUCAUUUGGAGUCAGCUAAUAUGAACAAAAGGCUCUAUAAAUGAGUAACACUAAUAGCAAAACAUAUAAAAGAUGACUAAAAUUCAAAAAGAGGGUCGCAUGAAUACCAUGCAUAUGUUUUCGAUACGAUACGAGUAAAGGCACCACACCAACUUUGGAACAGAUACAUUGCUUCUUCCUACUCCUUUUCGGACAUAUGCAUGUUUGAAAUAAAUUAAACCAAACCAAACCAACUCAUCUUAUUAGGGUUGCGAGUGAGCCGAUGGGGUACGCCCUGGACUGGUCACCCGUCAAUCACGGGGCACUUUUAGACAAACAACCAUUCACACCUAUGGGCAGUUUGGAGUCUUUAAUUAAUUUAUCAUGCAUGAACAGAUGUUCCAACGGAGAUUCAAACUCUGUGAGGCUGUGGUGCUAGCCCCCAAGACACCAUGUGGCCCUCACUUGAAUACAAUCAUUGUUAACCAGAUAUCGAAUCUCCGUGGGACAUUUCUGUGUGGAGUUUGCAUGUUCUCGCCGUGCGUGUGUGGGUUUUCUCCGGGUACUUCUACUUCCUCCCACAUUCCAAAAGUAUGCAUGUUAGGUUAAUUGGCGACUCUAAAUUGUCCAUAGGUAUGAAUGUGAGUGUGAAUGAUUGUUUGUCUAUAUGUGCCCUGCCAUUGGCUGGCGACAAGUCUAGAGUGUAUCCCGCCUCCCGCUCAAAGUCAGCUGGGAUAGGCCGCAGCAUACCCCGCAACCCUAAUGAGGAUUAAGUGGCAUAGAAAAUGGAUGGAUGGAUGAAUAUGUUUAUCAUUAUUAUUAUUGUUAUAUUGUGUCUGUUUUUUUUUUUACCUUACUUGGCUACAUGUGUGGGCAAA